AUGUGUCAUCAUUUGACCGAGGCUGCCGGGCCCGUCCAGCCAGACAAAAGCGGCAGCGGUGUGGACAGUGGGAGUGUGAUGUACCCGAGCUCUGGGGCGGCCACUGGACACCAACAGCAACAACAGCAACAAAGAUAUCGGGUCUCAUCAUCGCAACAGCCGACCACCGGCUCCGGCAUCUACUCCACAGUCAACACCAUUACCACCUCAUCGCUGUCCGCACAACAGUCAGCACAACAACAACAGCAACAACAACAGCAGCCGUCGGCCGAGAUCGGCUUCUCCACAGCCGAAGCCCUGUUUGGCGCCCAAUUUGGCGACAGUUUCUCUAUGCGUCCGCCGCCUAUCUAUACGAGUCAGAGCGCAGGCAUGUGUGGCGGCCCUCAAGACAAUGGCGGGACAGUCGUCGGUACGGCUGUCGCCGCGUUGGUUACGCCACUCAUAUCGACUCAGUCCUCGAUGGCCGACGACCUGUUUGGCCGUCUGAACCCCCAGUGCGUGACCACCACUGCGUCCGCACAACAACAACAACAACAACAACAGUUUCAGCCGCAGAAACAAUACCAGUGGUCGACGUACACCACCGCCGGACCCGCCCUCCAGACCUCUACCGUAGACUAUGGCGGAUUCGGCGGACAGUUGACCGCAAUUGUGCCCAAACAGGAGCCGAUGUCUGUGUCGGACGCGUACGUGAUUACGGCCAGCAUAUCGCCAUCCGAUGCCACUCAACCCCAACAACAGCAACAACAGUCCACUUCGGGCACAAUCCCGGCCACACUCGCCGAGUAUAACCAGUCGACGAGCAAAGGGCACGAAAUACUGUCGCAGGCGUACCAGAACUCGCCGAUACCGUUGAAACUGAUCCCGGUCAAAGCGAGAAAGUACCCCAAUCGACCAUCGAAGACGCCGGUCCACGAGCGGCCCUACGCCUGUCCCAUAGAGUCGUGCGAUCGCCGGUUCUCCCGGUCGGACGAACUCACGCGACACAUCCGCAUCCACACCGGCCAGAAGCCGUUCCAGUGCCGCAUCUGUAUGCGCUCGUUCUCCCGCUCAGACCAUCUGACCACUCAUGUCAGGACCCAUACGGGAGAGAAACCCUUUUCGUGCGAUCUCUGCGGCCGUAAGUUUGCCAGAAGUGAUGAGAAGAAACGACACGCGAAGGUUCACCUCAAACAGAAGAUCAAGAGAGAGGCCCGCGGGAGCGCCAGUGGCGGCCACUCCGCCCGAGACAGUCAUAAUCAGUCACAACAGAGGCCACAAUCCAGCGGCGGAUCGUCGUCCGCGUCGGUGACCACCACAUCCUCGACGGCGGCCACUCAUUCGCAUCCACGACAACAACAUAAUUCUGGAGCCCCUGUUGUUGGCCAACAACAACAGCAACAGCAACAACACCGACAAACUAGUCUGUGUCCCACCUCUGGGGUCACUCUAACAGGUUUGCCUCCCGAUCCCAAUCAAUACACGAUGACUAUCGUCACGACAACUGCCUUACAAUGA